ACGAUUAACAUAUUAUAGUAUUCCAUAUAUAUUUGGUAAAGGACCUGGUACAUAAGAAAGCUAGUAAGAAAGUUAGAAAGAAAGAAAAAGUGUGUGAGUACCCUUUUAGUGGCACUGUGACCUUCCUUAAAUGAAUUGAAUUCCUAUUUCCACGCGCUUUUAUGUCUCAACGAUUAUUGCGGAAAUACCUAACUAUCAAUAGGUAUUCUCGGCACGAAAUUACUUAACGCAUGAAAAAUUUUGCUAGGACCGAUCAGAGUGCUAUUCCCCCAACGAAUUAAAAACAGACGUCUAACAAUGCAUUUACCACCACCGGAACCCCGGGACAGCGAGCUAUAUACACGUAUGGAUCCUGUCUAUGCACCAGCUCAUUUCGAACCAUUUACUGAUAUGAUCGGUCCGGAUCCGCAGCAGUUUACCGAAUUGGCGGCAUCUCACGACCAAUUGGAAAGCAGUCAUGUAUUCUCUCCAGAUACUAGGAGACUCCAAACUCAACAUACUACAGAAGGCUAUCGUGAUGGUAUUACCGUUGGUAAAGCCGAGAGUAUCCAGGCUGGAUUUGAUGAAGGCUUUAAUCUAGGUGCUGAAAUCGGAUUGAAGGUUGGUCAGUUGCUUGGAAUCCUCGAGGGUAUGGCUGCGGCUUUGAGAGAGAACAGUAUUGAAAACAGCCCUGACAUCUCGGUACACAUGGAUAAGCUUUUAUCAGAUGCGUCGAAGGAGCUAUGCACUGAGGUUAUAUUUGCCCAGGAAUACUGGACCCCGGAUGGUAACUGGAAAUAUUCCGUGGGAGGGGAUGGAGAUGAUGGAGAUAUCUCAACCCAAGACAUCGCGAGGGAGCACCCUGUUGUGUUAAAGUGGGACGAACUCAUCAGUCGGGAAGCUCAGAAGUGGAAAUUAAACUAAGCACUAACUCGUUCAUGGGUGUGGCAUGUUCGCUGCUUGUUCUAAAGUCUUGCUGCUGUCUCUUGCAUCUGCAACAUUGCGAUAUCAUCAUUUUAAAAUGCGCGGUCGUCGUAUCAUCUGGCGAUCGGCACAAAUGCAGCUGAGUGCCAGUUUGGGGUUCGGAAAUAUGCCACGCCAGAGCGAGAUGUUGAACAUGCUUGCACUCAGCAUCCUUGCGCCAAGCAACCCGAUAGCUACCCGAUCAGGUUUGGACGAGCCGAAACUUGGACGUUUCUUUUAAAAGUACCCCUGGAACAUCCAGACCCUUUAGGUUCAUCGAAAUA